ACGCGCCGCCGGGGAAGAAGAAGGAGGCAGCGAAGUAAACUGCUGUCCUCUUCCAGCAUCAUCAGGCUCCACCAUCAUCACUUCUAUUCACACUAAACGCGCAGGAAACUGGAUUCUCUUGUCACCUUGCCUGCUUGAGUCCAACAUCUGAUAUCAGCAUGUCUGACAAGAGUGAGCUGAAGGCUGAGCUGGAGAGGAAGAAACAGCGGAUCGCUCAAAUUCGAGAGGAGAAGAAGAGAAAAGAAGAGGAGAAGAAGAAGAAGGAUGGAGACUCGAAGCGCGGGGCCGAGUCGGGCGGCGGUUCUUCUGCCGGCCACGAAGACUCGGACCUGGAGAGGAAGAGGAGGGAGGCGGAGGCUCUGCUGCAGAGCGUCGGCAUCACCCCUGACAUACCUCACGCUCAGCCCCUGAGGGUAGUAACAGAAGAUACGUGUCUGUUUCACUACCUAGUCCCCGCCCCCAUGUCUCCCUCCAACAAAUCAGUGGGCAGCGAUGCAGGAAGCCAAGAUUCUGGCGACGGAAACGCAGGACCAAGGACAUUGCAUUGGGAUCCUGACCCCUCUACUCUGCAACUCCACUCCGACUCUGAGCUCAUGGGACGUGGCGCUGUGAGGCUGGGCAUGUCCAAAGUGACCCAGGUGGAGUUUGUCCCAAAGGAAAUGGUGUCCUACUCUAAAGAAACACAGACACCCACCGAGGUGCUGACACACGCCGAUCAAAAAGCAGAUGAGGAAGAGGAUGAGGAGGUCGCUGCUCCUCCACCAGCAGAGGACAGCCAGGAGGAGAAAGAUGAACAGGGUGAACAGCAGGAGGAGGACGGUCCCAAAGAGCUGACAGAGGAAGAGAAGCUGCAGGUUCUGCACUCCGAGGAGUUCUUGUCAUUUUUCGAGCGAGGCAGCAGAAUUGUGGAGAGAGCUCUGGCCGAGCAGGUGGACGUCUGCUUCGACUACAGCGGCAGAGAUCUGGAGGACAAGGAAGGUGACUUGCAGGCCGGUGCAAAGCUGGUUCUGUGUAGACAGUUUGCGGAUGAUCGCUGGACUAAAAACAGAGUGGUCACCUGUCUCGACUGGUCUCCUCAGUAUCCGGAGCUGCUGGUGGCUUCAUAUAACAAUAAUGAGGAUGCUCCCCAUGAGCCCGACGGAGUGGCACUGGUCUGGAACUUGAAGUACAAGAAAGGCACACCUGAGUACAUUUUCCACUGCCAGUCAGAGGUGAUGUCAGCCGGGUUUGCAAAGUUUCACCCCAACCUGGUGGUGGGUGGGACGUACUCGGGACAGAUUGUCUUGUGGGACAACAGGAGCAACAAACGCACCCCCGUUCAGAGAACCCCUCUGUCUGCAGCUGCACACACGCACCCAGUCUACUGUGUGAACGUGGUCGGAACCCAAAACGCCAACAACUUGAUCAGCAUCUCCACUGAUGGCAAAAUGUGCUCCUGGAGCCUCGACAUGCUCUCCCAGCCGCAGGACAGUCUGGAGCUGGUGUUCAAACAGAGCAAAGCGGUGGCCGUCACCUCCAUGGCCUUUCCUCUGGCUGACGUGAACAACUUUGUGGUGGGGAGCGAGGACGGCUCUGUCUACACAGCCUGUCGCCACGGCAGUAAGGCGGGAAUCACUGAGGUGUUUGAGGGCCAUCACGGUCCGGUGACCGGGCUGAGCUGUCACAGUGCUGGAGGACCUGUCGACUUCUCUCAUCUCUUCAUCUCCUCCUCUUUUGACUGGACUGUCAAACUCUGGAGCACUAAGAGCACCCGUCCGUUGUACUCGUUCGAGGACAGUUGUGACUACGUCUACGAUGCGAUGUGGUCUCCAACUCACCCUGCUCUGUUUGCAUGUGUGGACCUGGCUGGACGCUUGGACCUGUGGAACCUCAACAAUGAUACAGAAGUUCCCACUGCUAGUGUGUCUGUGGACGGGGCUUCAGCACUGAACCGUGUGAGAUGGGCUCACUCUGGCAAAGAGAUUGCCACCGGGGACUCGGAGGGGCAGGUGCAGGUCUAUGAUGUAGGCGAGCAAAUCUGCGUGCCCAAGGCCGACGAGUGGACGCGCUUCGUCAGGACGCUGGCCGAGAUCAACGAGAACCGAGAUGAAGCGGAGGAACUGGCCAACGUCUGAUAUUCCGAACCCCACACUGACAGCCCUGCUCAUACACCAACACACCUAAAGCACACUACACGACACUGGCUUCCAGCUUUUCCACCCACGACAACAUGAAUUGGCCUGAGGAGACGUGCAGAGCUAGAAGGGAUAGAAAAGACAGAUUUAGACGAGUUUUAGAAGUGUUUUGAAAAGUGUCUCGAAGAGUUUUAGAGUACAUUUUGUAGGAACAAUGAACGUCAGGUGUAGCAGUAGUUGUACAGAAGUCAAGUGACUGAAAGUUCGGCUGACAGAGGGAUAUACAGGGAUGUGUUUUUCAGCAUAUGUAGACGUGUCUGUCCACUCUAAACUUCUAGCUUUGAUAACAUCCUCAGGGCUCCAAGAAACUGCUCUUCUCCUGAGGCCUCAACCAACUCAGUUCUUUUUUAAAUAUGCAAACCUUUGUACCUGCACCUUUUUAUUACCAUUUGAGUGUUUUUACAUGUUUUAAUAUUUUUCCAGACACACUUGUGCACACGGCUUUUUAAAGUGUGUGUCAGCAGAGCGAAAAGAGAAAAAGCUGACAUAUCACUAUCAGAUCCUCUCUAUCCUCAGCAGUACUUGAAUUUGAUGACAUUAAAAAAAAAAAAACAGCUUAUAUGCUUACACAUUCUCACUCUGGCCUGUGCAGAGGUGUGUCAUUCUUACAUUUUAACCACUACAAUAUUUAAUAUUUAUUCUGGUGGUUGCACUUAUUUAAAUAUUUUGUGUAUUGUUUCAAGAAAUGCUGCUUUGUACUAAGAGCUUGAGUAGUACAUUCCUAAAAUUCGCACUACAAGCUUUGUACCAGGCAAAAUCUGUUCCUAUACUUGCCUUGAAUUUAUCAACACUAGUACAGUAAAAAAAAAGUGAUGUUUUUUUUUCUGUACCAAAGGUGAUUCGUUUUUAUACUCUGAAUCUGUGUAACGAGUAGUAAAAAAAAGAACAAAUGGU